AACUUGCUCAUUUCCAAAUUUCACGGUUGGGCGACAGACACCAACAAUGUUUGGAGCACGUCGCCUCGUCUUGCUUGCUGCAGCUACGAUCGUUGCUUUCACUACUGCUAUCGACGUCAAGAACAAACGCUACUGCGAAGUCCUAUUUGUCCGAAACCUAAAUGGAUCCACGGUCGCAGACGUGUACAACACGUUUGGGCUCAACGACUGCCCCGCCCCCAUUUGGAGUACCAUCACCCCCGCCAACGCUAAGGACAACUCGUCCCUAGCUGUCGUGCUCAAUGGACCUCGGUACUGGCUCAUGGAUUCAAUUGGAAACAACACACCCGCCGGGGGAGCCAAGGCCAUCAAGAACGUCGGGGGUAUCAACAUGACGCUGGUCGGUCGAGUUCCGGUAGCAGUGCCAAUCACCCCCACAAAGCUGUACGCGCCCAACUUGGUCACUCGCAAUGUCAACUUCAUCUGGAAGGCUGGCUCAAGGGUUUUUAUACUGACACGCGAACAAGAAGGCAAACGGUAUGAAAGUGGCGAUGCCGGGCGACGAGUGAAAGAGCAAUACAUCAUGCAAUCGUAUUCGCAACAAGUGGACAACAGCCUCAACCUCACAUGCUUGCCGUCAUUGGCCAGUCGGUUGGGUAAACUCCCCCCCGGUUGGUCGUACGAAGCGAAGCGAUUGAAAAAGGACCUGAACGUCACAACUCCAAUCCUCGUGGGCGGCAAAGCCACGGUGGGUGUGGUCAUUCAAGACGAGUUCCAAAACACGUACACGUACCUGGGUAACGUGGAUCGUUAUUUGGUGGCGUUGAACCAAACCAAACCGAACUAACGCCUGCAAGCUAGUACAUAAUCAUCAUGUACUUUCACACAAAAUUUAGGUAACGCUAAAUUCCCUUUUUGUUCGA